GACUGCUGCACACACACUCAAACCCUCCUCUUACUCAUCCUCACACACACGUCCUGAAGCAGAGAAGAUGACCCGUCUCAGUCUGCUGGUCCUCAGUCUUGCAGCCCUGCUGGGACCCGGACUCGCCGUGGAUGUGGGCAUUUUGAACAAUGUAGUGGACCAGCUCCUGAACAGGUUCAAGCCCAACUUCCCCAACACCAACAAUGCUCCCACCUUCACUCUGGCUGUGAAGGUCCCUCAGGGCUCUCAGCCUGGACAGUACAACGUGAAUCAAGUACCAGAUACCUCUGAUUCGGUGAAGAACGUGAUCCUUAAUAGUUGUGACAUCUACUCCAGCUCUAGUCUGGUGGCUGCAACUGUGCUGAAACCUGUGGAUGGCCACUACUGCCAGACCCAGCCUCCCGUCAUUGGUCACUCAGAGUACCGAGUCCUCCAGAGGUUCAACCUGCAGGCCCAGGGUCAAGAGCUGAUGGUGUUCUACUGCUCCACCUCUCCCUGCAACGGAAUCUGCACCAAUGAUCGCAACUCGUACAACAUCCUCCAGCUAAUCAAGAGGAUCAAUGCGUGGGCCAACCGGGCACUGGUCUUCACCAAAAUCUUCAAGCCUCCGAACCGUGGACCCCUGACUCCUGCUGAGAUGACAACGUCUCUGAAGAACCUUGGGGCCUCCAUUGGACUCUCUAACAUCUACCGCUGCAGCGGGGGUCAGUGCCAACGCUGCUUCAACAACGAUCUGGCAGUGAGGUUCUGUAUCGCAGACAACUAGAGUAACCUCUCAGUGAACCCGGUAUUCAAGUCCUUCUCUUGUCGAGUCUCUGCAGAAGUAAUCCAACCAAAGUGCUUGCUCAGUAUCUCUGUUUGUCUGCCAUAUUUGUUUCCUAAUUAAAGCACUCAGCAUCA